AUGGAAGAAUCACAACGCAAUCCUGUGCCCGAGAGUAACUUGGUCCGAACAGAGCAAGUCAUUGAGGCCACAAGUGAGGAGGUUGCCAAGAGCCAGGAAUUGAUGCAGGCUGUGGCUGAAGGCAAGGUUAACAAGGUGGAACAGCUGCUCAAAGAAGGCGCUAACCACAGCGCCCGCGCGGCUCACGGAAGGACCAUGCUUCACUUUGCGACUAUGGUUGGGAGCCUACCGAUUGUCAAGCUAUUAUUGAGCUAUGGUCAUCCGUGGAAUUUAGUAGAUGAUGAUUACAAAUCCGUAGGCGAUUAUGCAAAAUCUUUCAAUCAACCUGAGAUUUACGAUUUUCUGCUAGAAGAAGGGGUCCGCACAGAACUCUUGAUGGGACUCAUGCAGAGAAAACUCAAGGCGGAGCUAUUGAAGGAAAAACAAGAAGAACAAGAAGGAGAAGAGAAGGAAGAGAAAGAGGAGGAAAAGCACGUCGAUCAGAAAGAGGUUGAGGCAUUAGUCAAUGUUACAUCUGAGGAUGUUGAACCAUCCAAUUCUUCGUUAUCUGAAAAGGACAAACCAUCAACAGAACCUGCAUCAAAGAAGCAAAAGGUAGAAUCAGCCUCAGAAGUACCCAACGCGUCAUAUUUGUCACAACCACUCCACUACACUGACGACGGUGACCGGCUACUGGAUGCUGAAAGGAAUGGUGUGAUGAUGGGUUGGGAAUUACCCUUAAUGGUUCGUCAUGCCGAAGUGAUUUGCCCCGAAGAAGGACUAAGAGUACUGAAUGUAGGGUUUGGGCUAGGCUUGAUUGACAAAGAACUCCAGAGGCGAUCGCCUGUACAGCACACAAUUAUUGAAGCUCACCCAGAUGUAUACGCAUAUAUGAUCAAGGAAGGGUGGGAUAAGAAACCAGGUGUUAAGAUCCUCUUUGGACGAUGGCAAGAUGUAGUGGAUCAAUUGGAAGUCUAUGAUGGGAUCUUCUUUGAUACCUUUGGUGAAUAUUAUGAGGACCUGAGAGCAUUCCAUGAGGUUGUGCCAAACCAUCUUGAAGAAGGAGGAGUGUAUUCAUACUUUAAUGGACUUGGUGCCACAAACGAAUUCUUCCAUGCUGUGUAUAAUCGGAUUUCUGAAUUGGAACUAAGCGAAAUGGGCUUUACAGUUGAGUACGAAGAAAUGGAUAUCGGCUUGAAAGAAGAGGAAUGGAAUGGUGUUAAGCGUGCAUACUGGACCUUAGACAAGUACUAUCUCCCUAUCUGUCGACUAGAUGGGUUUUAA